GCUUGCUCAUCUGCUGCCUUCCGGCCCAGAACGGCCCCCGAGUGCGUUCCUUUUUCUUUCCUCCGAUGCCUUUUCCUUUUCCUUUCUCCGCCGACACCACUCUCGGCCUGAGUCAGCGACGGCUGGGCGAGCGGCCACCCUUGGCCAGGUCUUCGUCGGGCGCUUCGCCGCCGCUGAGCAUCACACAGGUCUAGGUACUGUCUUUGUACGCUUGGCUGAAGAAAUUGGUUGUUGUUAGAAUGAAGAACAAGACAAGUAGGAGCUUACAGAAGUCUGGGAGGGGUAGCCAUGUCCAAGGAGAAGGGCCAAACUGGGUUCUUGUUGCAGGGGGCGUUUUGCUCAGCACACUUUCAGUCAGGCUUGGGUGCAAACUAAAGCAGUUGUUUGAUGGGAAGCAGCAAAAUAAUACUUCCAAAGAUAAAAGAAGGCCUGAAGCAUGUGAGCUGCACUCGAACCUCCACCGGUUCAGUGACCAAACUGGCUGCUACUGCUAUAUUUCAGGACAUGGUGGAGUGGAAGUCAAGCAAGCACCUGCAAGUCCUGUACCCAAAUCAGUUGAACCCUCACUUCCACUUGUGAAGAUACAUGUGCCAGAAUCAAGCAAAGAGAACAGCGACGUUAUGUGGAUAUCCUCGCCUGAUCGGCUUGAAGCUCCUCGAAGACCAUUUCAGUACUCUAACAGUUCUGGCUCUCCAUGUGUUUCAGAAUCAGGGUCUGACAUCUAUAGCAAAAGAGAGGUCAUACAGAAGCUGAGACAGCACCUCAAGAAACGUGAUGAGAUGAUCAUGGAGAUGCAAGCUCAGAUUGCUGAUCUUAAGAAUUCUUUAAACAUUCAGGUGAUACAGUCCACCAAUCUGCAAUCUCAGCUGGAUGCUGCCAAUCGAGAUCUGUUUGCAUCUGAGCGAGAGAUCCAGCAUCUAAGGAAGAUUAUUGCAGAUCAUUGUGUUGCAGAGGCACUCUCUCAUGAGAAACCUUUGCAAGCUGGACACUGGCAGUUAGAUGAGACAAAUGGUCAUCCCAAUGGCUAUGCUGAUGGUAGUGCUGAUGAUGCUGACCUGCAUUGUAUUGGCAUUGAGAAGAGGAAGGGAGAGGUAGAGAGGGUGGAUAUGCUCAAGAAAGAGGUUUUUGAACUGAAGGAAGUUAUUGAGGGAAAGGACUUUGUGCUUCAGAGCUACAAGGAACACAAGGUGGAACUCUGCUCAAAGAUCAGGGAUCUGCAGGAAAAGCUCUCAGCACAAGUGCCAAACAUCUUAUAGGACCUAUGCAUGAUGCUUUUUAGAAGAAUGAACCUACACAUAUUAUUGCCAUGUCCCAUGAGUGGAAGGAAGGGUCCCGCUUCGACGAGGAUUGCAGGAGAAGCUCAUGGCAAUCCUCACACAUGCCAAACACCAUGCUAGGGUCUUUGCAGAAUGCUUCUCUUUUCCUUUGAGGGGAACUUUGCAUAAUGUUAGGCUUUGCUUUCAUAAAUCAUAACAUUAGGCUGGUUUGCUUUCUUCGUUUUUCAAUAUCUGGCCGUUAGUUUCUAAGAGAUUACAAGGAGUUCUUUUUCUCAUUUGCUAGGCCUAGGGUAACUCAACUGAACUUCACACUCAAAUUACUGUACAUGUUAUCGUUUGUCAAGAGACAAAAAUCUGUAGGGUUCCUCUGCCUC